UAAAACUAAGAGAGCAAAAAGGUUUCUUGAGAAGAGAGAACCCAAACUUAAAGAAAAUACAAAAACUGCUAUGCUGAUAAGAGGAGGAAAUGCAAACUUAACAGUGACUGAAGUGCUUAAGGACAUUUAUGCUGUGAAGAAGCCUUUUGCUGUCCUAUAUAAAAAGAAAAAUAUCACCAGGCCUUUUGAGGAUCAGACAUCAUUGGAAUUUUUUUCCAAGAAAUCGGACUGUUCUUUGUUUCUGUUUGGCUCUCAUAAUAAGAAGCGACCCAACAACCUGGUAAUAGGUCGCAUGUUUGACUAUCACGUCUUAGACAUGAUUGAGCUGGGCGUUGAGAAGUUUGUAUCCCUAAAAGACGUCAAGAACAGUAAAUGUCCUGAAGGAACAAAACCUAUGCUGAUAUUCGCUGGUGACAUGUUUGAUGUAAAUGAAGAAUACAGAAGACUGAAGAGCCUUCUUAUUGAUUUCUUCAGAGGUCCUAGCGUGCCAAAUAUUCGUCUUGCUGGUUUAGAGCACGUUCUGCAUUUCACAGUUAUAGAUGGGAAAAUUUACAUGCGAAGUUAUAAGGUGCUUCUGAAGAAAUCUGGCUGUAAAAUACCACGAAUUGAACUGGAAGAGAUUGGGCCUUCAUUAGAUCUGGUUAUGAGGAGGACGCAUUUAGCUUCAGAUGACCUUUAUAAGCGGUCUUUAAAACAACCAAAAGCCCUGAAGCCUAAGAAGAAAAAGAAUAUCUCCCACGAUGUGUUCGGUACAACUUACGGUCGAAUCCACAUGCAGAAGCAAGAUCUUGGUAAACUGCAGACACGGAAAGUGAAAGGGUUAAAAAAGAGGCCAGCAGAGAAAGCAGCUGAAGGUGGUGGGAUUAGUUCCAAAAAGUCAAAAUCAGCCUGAGAGUCUGAAACAGCCUUGAAAAUUCUUUGUAUCUUCAAAUUCAGUAUAUAUAUUGUAAUAUAAAUAUGUCAGACAAGAAAAAAUUAAUCUGCCUUUAGCUUUAGUUUUAUAAAAAAAAAUUUUCUAACUGGUUUUGUAAAGGGAGCAUAGGGGUAUUGAGCUUAAACAUGAAACUUUGUUAUUUAAAAUAAAAAAAAAUUGAUA